AUGAGUUGUUUCUCUUGUUGUGGAGUGGAGCUGCACCAACGUACUGGUUCUCUUCGGGAGAGUGCUUAUGGUAGCAUUGAUAGCAAUAACAAUGGGAAAUCACUGAGGUCUUUGCUCAGUAAUUUGUCAGGCAAAACAGGAAAUGGCAAUCAGAAAAUAGCUAAAGAGAUUCAAAAAGUUGGAAAAGCUAAAGUUUCAGCUCAUAUCUUCACAUUUAGAGAACUAGUUGUUGCUACAGACAACUUCAAUCCUAGUUGUCUGAUAGGGGAAGGUGGAUUUGGCAGAGUCUACAAAGGAUAUAUUGAGAACAUUGACAAAAUUGUGGCCGUGAAGCAGCUCGAUCGGAAUGGGUUGCAAGGAAGCAGAGAAUUCUUUUCAGAGGUUCUAAUGUUAAGUCUGGUUAACCAUCCGAACCUUGUAAACCUGAUCGGCUAUUGUGCAGAUGGGGAUCAAAGGAUUUUAGUUUAUGAAUACAUGGCAAAUGGUUCUUUGGAAUAUCAUCUUCUUGAUGUACCUCCAGGUAAGGAGCCAUUGGAUUGGAAUACAAGGAUGAAAGUAGCUGAAGGAGCUGCGAAAGGACUAGAAUACCUACAUGAUUUCACUGAUCCGCCGAUAAUUUAUCGCGAUUUUAAAGCGUCGAACAUACUACUAGAUGGGAACUUCAAUCCCAAACUCUCUGAUUUCGGACUUGCAAAGUUAGGCCCUACCGGAGGGAAGGACCAUGUAUCAACAAGGGUCAUGGGGACCUAUGGCUAUUGUGCUCCAGAAUAUGCAAUGACAGGCCAGCUCACAACGAAAUCCGAUGUUUAUGGUUUUGGUGUAGUGUUUCUGGAGCUCAUCUCGGGUAGAAGAGUUAUUGAUAUCGAGAGGCCGGAGGAAGAACAAAAUCUGAUUGCUUGGGCAGAGCCGUUACUGAAGGAUAGGAAGAAGUUCACGAAAAUCGCGGAUCCACUGCUCAAAGAGAACUACCCUGUAAAGGCUCUUUAUCAAGCUCUUGCAGUCGCAGCCAUGUGUCUUCAGGAGGAUGCUAACAGCCGCCCGUUGAUCGGUGAUGUUGUAACCGCCGUAGAGUUUCUUGCCAAACCAAAGAACAAUGACAAAAUUACUGCAGAAUCACAAAGAAACAAUGGUUUGCUUGUUAAGCCACUGAGAGAAGGAAGUUUCAAACGUGAUCGUAGCUUGUAG